CUCCGCUCUCCCAGCGGUAAGUGACUGCUGAAAAACAAAGGCAGCGAGACGCGGCUGGGAAAUGUCAUCAGUCAUCCUUAAUGGAGGAAAUAGACUUGAAACAGUUGUUCUCUGAAGGGUGAAAUAAGAGAACUGUUAUCACUGCCGUAGCUGUUUGUGUGUGAGAGCAGAUCCCGCAACUGCAAGUGACUAAAUCGGCUUUUGAGAAUCCACAGGUUCCUCUUCUUCGCUGCUUUUCUUUUUUUAUUGUCUCUCUGGAUGGAUUUGGACUGAAUGACAGCAGCAGGAGGAGUGGUGUAUCGCUACAGUAGCUGUCUCGCAUCACGGACUUGUUUACUGCACCGAGUGGAGUGAAUAAUGAAGUUAGUGCUUCUCUAGAUAGAUGAUGAACAGCGAGUCAGGGGGUUGUUGGAAGACUCAGAUUCAGACGUAGAGAUUGCAGCGCAUCGUUUCCACAACUCUUUUACACCUUUUGUGUUUUGACGCCCUGCCUCUGGGGCUGAGCUGACAGUCUGGUUUUGGAUUUUCAGUCGUGAGGAGGGAAGUUACCUGCGCGCUCAUCUGCCGAGGAGAGGCGCUGUCUGUGGUCCUGAAGUCAUUUCAACAACUCCUGCUGUCUCACUCCUGGCCUCCUUAAGGGAUUCUCCAGGAAGCAGCGUCAAGAAGGGACACUGUCCAUCCGCAGCUCCAGACAGAGCCUAAUAUGGUAACUCACACCAGAGUUCAUCUGCAAACUUUGGCACUUUUGGUUUUUGUUGUCCGCCUGAGCCGGCCAGUAUGUGUCGAAGUCCCGUCGGAGACUGACGCAGUCCUGGGGAAACCCAUGAAGUUGACUUGCAUCUCCUGUAUGAAGAGGGAGGAGAUUGAAGCAAAGACUCAUGUGGAUUGGUUCUUCACGCCAGAUAAAGAUAAUGACAAAGAUCAAGACAACCUGCCUGAGAAAAUUCAUAUAUACAAGUAUGAUAUUGACACUCCAUCUGACUCUGAUGGACCAUUUAAGAACCGUCUGACCUGGAAUGGGAGCCAGGACUUGCAAGAUAUCUCCAUUCAAAUCACCAAUGUCACCUUUAACGACAGCGGCACCUAUGAGUGCCAAAUACAUCGCGAGUUUAAGUUUGACUUCUUCACUCCCUCCAUCACAGCCCUCAAGAAAAUCGAGUUGAAGGUGAAACAACAAGCCGCCAAUGACCCCACAGCGCUUUACUCUGAGAUCAUGAUGUAUGUGCUGUUGGUGUUCUUGACCUUCUGGCUGCUGGUAGAAAUGGUCUACUGCUACAGGAAGAUCUCCAAGUCUGAUGAGCAGGCACAGGACACAGCGACAAACUACCUAGCCAUUCCCUCUGAGCAGAAAGACAACCCAGCCGCUCCUGUUACCGAAUAAAAGUGGUUGUCAGUGAUACGGUAUUAACCAAUCAUGACGGGACUCCGGUGUCAGGUGACAGAAACAGGCAUAGAGUCCACAACCUCAUCUAUGCCACUAUGAAGGUAUCAUUACCCCCGACAGCCUUGGGGAUCCCGCCAACCGACCUCCCCUGUGUAUCGACUGUGUUUGUGUAAAGAACCAGUCAUAAAUGUCCAAGUGCUCAAUUUUUCUUCUCCUUUUCCUCUCAGUUGUUUAUUUAUUUUUUUUACCUUCAUGCCCGGCAUCUCAAAUGAAGCGCUUUCACAAAUAGAGCAGUGUCCAUCACAUAUAAUCACAUAAAUACCAGCCAUGCUUCAUUUCGACCUGCCAGUGCGUAGAGUUACUAAAUAUUUUCUUAGUAGUUAGUGGUGCCUCUGUGAUUUAUAACCCAUAAACAGAAACAAUCCAGUGAAAGAAGCUGUUCUACUGCUAUCAUGGCUGUUAUAUACAACUCAUUUAAUAGUAUUUGCUCAGCUCAUGUUGUUUUAUUACAAUUUUAUAGACGGCGCUUAGAUUUCGGGUCACACUUUUAUUUAUAUUGGCCAAUAUCUUUUUGAUGUCUUUUUCAGGAAAAUGGAUUGCAUAGCUUUUAUACUGUGUGGAUGUGCAUUUCUCCUUAUGUUGCUGUGUGCAUCAGUGAAACCACAAUGUAAUGGAAAUAUAAAGACAAGUAAUAUUGCAUUGCAACUGUACGUCACUCUAUUUGAGUUGAUCUGAAUUCAUUUGGAGGUCUUUUUUCUAGUCUUUCAUCAAUGUUUACAACAUUCAAUAGAUCCUUCUGCAUACAGUUACUUGCUACUAUCUUUGACUGUUGCUGGUGUUCUACAGAAGCAUUGCUAUUGAGACUAACUGUGUGCCUAUUUCUAUAGUACAACACUGUAGAAAUGUAUAUAUUUCCUGAUACAAUCGCCGUUCUCUGUCCAUUACAGAUAUGUAUGAGUGAGCUGCUUGUGAACUAUUAAAUUCAAUGCAUUCCUCAG